UUAUGAUAUCGUGAGUCGACGGGAAUGAGGUUAGUCAGUUUGUAAUGGCGUCGCCUAGCGAGUUGUCUCUGGAAGAGAUCCGCAAGUAUUUGUUGGAUAACGGUGGAUCAGCUCUCAAUCAGGAUGUAGUAAUGCAUUUUAAAAAGUUUCUCACGGAUCCGGAAACACGGGUGGAAGCACGCAACCGUUUCAAAGAAUACAUUAACACGUUGGCAACCAUUAAGUCUGACGAGGGAGAAAAAUAUCUUAUAUUAAGAAAGAAAUUUCGCCAACCAACUUUAGAUUUAUCAUCACCUACAUUAAAUUUUUCCUCAUUUACUACAUCGCCACAACGCACUUCUGAACUAUCUUUCCUAAAAGAACCUGCACUCUAUAAAUCUUCACCAACAUCACCUCUUACUUCUUCUCGAAAUUUUGUCUCAUUGGUUCAUCGAUUUCCACAAGAAUCUUCUACAGAAUUAUCAGUAGGUUUACCUGCUAUAGAAAGUAUUGUAUUAUCCAAUACUGAAAUUACUGCUUUAGGACUUCAUGAAAAUUAUAGCAUAUCUAUCCCUGAAUCUGUUAUUAAUAAGAAUGUGUCAACUAAACCUACGAGAAUUUCAAAAAUUGAUGGGAAUGCAACUAGUUUUACUAUAUCUCCACCAGUACCACCUAGACGCAAGAGUCAGGAUAAAAUUAAAUUAUCAAAUAAAGAAAAUCAAACAUUGGAUAAAGGAAAACUUGAACCUGAAACAAUUAAGGAACAUGAGGUGACUUCGUUCUUACCUAUGAAUCAUCUGACUUCGGCGGAACAGUUGAGUGUGCGCGAGAGAAUGCAGCGCUUUAACCGAAUGGCUUCAGAGACCGAUCUUCCAAUUCGACCCAAUGUCUCCUUGUUGCCGAUUAAAAAACGCUCCGAUAAGGGGGCUGAGGAGGAUGACAGAGCUUCCGUCGCCUCGCAACAACUGGAUGGAAAAUCACGUGAAUGGUUGGUAAGAGCAUCUCAAGGUGAUUAUCAGGCACUAGCAAAACUGGCCGCGGAGGAGCCUCGCCUUGCCCGAAUUAAGGAUCCAUCUUCCGGCUACACAGCACUGCAUUGGGGAGCUAAACAUGGAGAUGAGAACAUCGUCAAAUUAAUUGCUGGAACAUAUAAAGAAUAUAUAAUAAGUGUUAAUGAAACUACGAAUGGGGGUUACACACCUCUUCAUAUUGCCUCACAGUUUGACCAUGAGAAUAUUUUCAAUUUACUAGUCCAAGUUUAUGGAGCCAAUCAAGAUAUUCGCGAUUACAGUGGGAAAAAAGCCCGACAAUAUUCAAUUUCACAAAAAGCCGCAGUUAGCCAAGAUACGAUACGCAAAAUAAAGGCAAGAAAAAAACAUACAGAAAAAGAUCUUGGUUUUCUACGUAUUGGUUCACUAAACGUCCGCGUGAAACGCACCACAGAGGCUUUCAGCCAGUUUUUAGGAGUAACAAAUAAUGCCUCUAGUAAUAACGAAAAAAUUCACAAAAUUUGGGGAUCUGCGGAUAAUUUACCAGCGGAUAAAGUUAUGCCACCUCCGAAUUACACACCAAUUAAGAAGCGUCGUAGUCGCCGCGGUAUAGAUUUUAUCUCCACCCGUUCUGGCGUUAUUCGGCAGGAAAGCACAAGCCAACCUGGAACUCCAACACUGCUUGGUAAAACCAGUCGUCGUCCAGCUUCUGUAUCCGCUCUCACAACCGGUAGCCUAUUCACUGAGAUACUUACUACUAGCAAUAGUUCAUUGAAGGAACAUCAACAAAAGCAAAACGACUCUGACUCAGAUGGAGCUUGCGGCUUUGACUCAGCUUGGCGUGAAACCGCUUAA